GAGCCAACGGUGGGAAUUGCGAGUGGUCUUGCACGGAGAGCGGCAUAGAGCGCGCCCUUGCGAAUAUUGCGGCAUGCGCGCGAAGGGCGCACCUGGCGCGCAUCGCGGAGCACGCGCGGACGCGUCCGAAAUUCGUUGACGAGCUCGCGGCGCUGCUUGAUGACAAGCGCGGCGCCCGCCGAUUCGUCUGCGGCGGCUUGGAAGGCCAUGAACCCAUGGAGGGCCUGGAGUUGGAGUUGUACAUUGGCUGCCGACGGCGCGCCCCCACGAGGCAAUUAUUUUGCAAUUUCUGCCGCCCGUCAAAGAUAGAACAAGCGCACUUGAUACCCCAGAAGGAGAUCUUGGGCGUCGCUCCUCCCGGGCCGGCCGCUGACGGCGUCUCCGCGCUGCGGUGCGUGAUGAGCUGCUACGACCUCGAUUUGCCGGGGCGCCCCUUCGACGCGCACUUGCCGCGAGCCGAGGUGGACGAGGACUUGCUGGCGAAGUUCGAGAAGUCGUUGCUUCGGAGCUGGGGCGGCCGCGGCAACGGGAAGUCGCGCCCGGCGUGGAUCAAAGGAAGCCGGCAACUUGCGCGCUGGCUGAGGAAACAGACGCCGGCUUGUGGGCCGCCCAGCUCGGUCGCAGCGAGCAGUGGCGCAAGCGCUCAGGGUGGGACAAAGAGAUUUCGGCGCGGCUCUGCUUCUCGGGCGCCAGCCCAGAAGGCGGCCCAGGCGGGCAGAGGCCGCGGGGGCGAGGCUGCGGGCGUUUCGCGCCGAUCAGGAAGAGGGGGCGCUGGCGGGGCUUUGGCCGCGGCGCCGAAGCGGCCAGCUCCAGCCAGGUCGAAGAACCGGCCGGCGGCGGCCGACGUGGGCAGCAGCGCAGGCAGCGCCCGCUCAUUGAGGAGCCGCUGCAAGGGAUGGCUUGCUCUGGACAGCAAGCAGGAGGAAGCUAUCCAGGCGCGCGGCGUCGACAAACUCCACGGAAGUAACGAAGUCAGACGCUGCGCUGGAGGCGUCGUGACAGCAGCCACAUCGCGCGGCAUGCUGGUGGACUGGGUGGAGCUCUUCCGGGGCGAGUCCAUCGAGCUGCUGCAUGCCUUCGCGCUGCGGCUUCACAAGGGCGGAUGGCGACGCCCGAGGUUCCACCGGGGCAACCACGCUUGGCGCUUGAACAACAUGCCAGAUGUGGACCCCCUGAGGCUAGAUAAUGCCAAGCUGUUGGAGAAGAAAAACACGGGGGCAUGUGAGCAAUUGAACUCUUGGAUCAGCGGCAGGACACGGAAUGGCCUGGAGAUGACGCGGGGGCACUUCCAAAUUCAUUGGUGGAUCCUUUUUGACGCCCACAACCAAUGGCUUGAGCGAGAAGCGGCACGCGGGCGCAGACGUUGCGAGGCGGGGCCCGUGCAGCGCCAGACGAGUGGAGCACCUCAGGAUGCGGGGACAGCUAGCAAGUAG